CGAGGCGGCGGGAGCCGAGCCCGAGCGGACCGAGCCGCGGCCGCAGCGGCAGCGGGCUGCGGGCGAGGAGGCGGCGGCGGGGCGGGCCGCGGCGGGCAGUCGGGAGGCGGCGGUGACGAUGCGGCGGCCCCGCUGAGCCCGCCCGCUCCAGUCGCCGGGGGCCGGCCGCACUAGGCGGCCCGGGCCGGGCAGCAGCAUGAGGAGCGGCGAGGAGCUGGACGGCUUCGAGGGCGAGGCCUCGAGCACCUCCAUGAUCUCGGGCGCCAGCAGCCCGUACCAACCCACCACCGAGCCGGUGAGCCAGCGCCGCGGACUGGCCGGCCUGCGCUGCGACCCCGACUACCUGCGCGGCGCGCUCGGCCGCCUCAAGGUCGCCCAAGUGAUUUUGGCAUUGAUUGCGUUCAUCUGCAUCGAGACCAUCAUGGAGUGCUCCCCGUGUGAAGGCCUCUACUUUUUUGAGUUUGUAAGCUGUAGUGCAUUUGUGGUGACUGGAGUCUUGCUGAUUCUGUUCAGUCUCAACCUUCACAUGAGGAUCCCCCAGAUCAACUGGAACCUGACAGAUUUGGUCAACACUGGACUCAGCACUUUCUUUUUCUUUAUUGCCUCAAUUGUACUGGCUGCUUUAAACCAUAAAACCGGAGCAGAGAUUGCUGCUGUGAUAUUUGGCUUCUUGGCAACAGCGGCCUAUGCAGCAAGCACAUUCCUGGCUGUACAGAGGUGGAGAAUCAGCGUUCGCCAGCAGAGCGCCAACGACUACAUCCGAGCCCGCACCGAGUCCAGAGACGUGGACAGUCGCCCCGAGAUCCAGCGCCUGGACACAGCUCAACCUGGGCCUGGCACCACGCCCAGUGCGUCUGAUGGAACCCUUCACAUGUCUGUCUGAGUCAGUACACCUUGCGCUUCACCACCUUUGAACCUGUUAUAUGUAGUGAUUCAGGGGAGCUGAUGACAUCUGGAUUUUAUCUGCUCAUUGUUCAUGUUUAUUUUGUAUUCACUGACUGUGUAUAUGAUCGAAAUUGGGCUUAUCUCCAUCACAAUUCCAUUAAAAAUAGGGUCACUAAGAUCCAGCCGUACAUCAGAUGGGGCCCACCUAGAAGGACCACCCUGAGCUUUUUCAGAAAUCUGCUAGAAAUCAUGUUAGUUGGCCUCAGUAAAAGGCCACCUUUGAAGUGAGAUUGAAGAGAGAACCAUUCAGGCUGGUUGUUGCCCAAGUUUUCCCAGUUGCUUCAAUAAAACUAGUUUAUCAUCUGGUGAAGACAGACCAUUGACCAGCCUCCUGAGGAUGGGCUGUCAGCUGAAAGAAACAGGCCUGAGGCCCACUGACGUUGAAGCUGAGGGGUGAUAAAAAGUGAUGAAGGCUUCUUCCUAAGAAAGUAGGAGUUAAUUUGCAUUUUAGCAAACAGAAUCUUUGGAAUUAUUUAUGUCCUGGUAACUGUUUAAUAUCCUUUGUGGUAUGAGGCUUCCCCACAGUCUCCAUAAAUGUAUUUCCUUGUACAUUUAAUUAGCUUCCAUGGGACCGGAAGUAGCCUAUACACCUAAUGGUGUAGUGCACAGCCCUAUGUCUCUUCGUGUACAGUGUGGUGAGGAGAAGUCAUGAAGGGAACGUAGUUGUCUAUGGUGAAUGUAAAGACACCUGUAUUUAUCUUAUGUUGUCUCUAGAUUUGGGGUCCUAAAAUGACCUCUUUGCAAACUGAAGGAAGCAUAUUUUUGCAUUGAGUAGGUCCAGCAUGGACCAAUGUCACUUGGAUGUGGGGCAUUUUAAGGAUGAGGCACCCUUGGUUUUCUAUUUCCUGGUGGAAUGUCUAUGUUCCUGGAGAUUUGGGGUUGAGGUCUGUGGUAUUUGCUCUGGUGGUUUUGGUGGAUGGAGACACUGACAUCUUCAGAGGAAGUGGAUUUUGGCACUGGUUUGGUUGAUUGGGUGUUUUCCCCCAACUUUCCCUCUCUUCAAGCUGCCCAAGGCAUGGAAGGCAAUACCUUUUCCCAGUCAUAGAGAGAGACUGUAGUCAUAAAAACCUAAAGACGCAUGCUGGUCCUCUAGAAGGGACAAAGUGACAGAUUAAAAUGUCCUCGGAGUUUAAAGUGAGCAGCCAUCCAAGGGAGACUGUCUACAAAAAAGAGCUCAGUAGCCCACCCACUCCCAGUGCUCACAUCUUCCUCAGCAAUGUGAGUGGAAUGCCAGCAUGGGCAGAGGCAGGGCACAGGGAAACCAGCGAGGACUGGUCAGGCUCUGAGGGCUUGGCCCUGGGGCCACAUCAUCAUCCCCUGGCAGGAAGGUUAAAUCGUGUUGGCAGCCAAGUGAAUCUGGCCCCCACUCUGAACUGGCAAUUGUGACUCAGCUGGAAACAUUCCUACCUGGUCAAGUUGGCAGUUUCUUCUGCCCUCUUUAAAGCUUUGCUGGUGAUUGAGACCUGGGCUAAACCACAGGUGGUCUCAAGAUAAAGGCCUCUUUCAUCCUCACACAUGAAUUCUUGUUUGCUGUGAAUGAGACUUGGAUAAUCCUGGUGUGUGACCUAUGCUUCUAGAUUCAAAUGCACUAUUUAGAAGAAGUCCCUCACCUAUCCAGUGCUCUUGGAGGUGACCUGGGGUCCUGUGGAUCAAUGACCAGUGGUUGGUCUUAGGACUGACAGAGAAAUGGAGUGUGGAGACUUGAGGCCACAUUAGUCAUCACAUAGGUAGUUUUGUUCUGCCGCUGUGUUCAAAGCAAAGUGAUCAUGAAGUCAUUGUGCCACUGCCUGACUGCCGUUUUCUCUAGAUCUGGUCUGUAGAGCAGCAGUGACAUUGAACAGGUAGCAGAGGAGAAUACACUUUCUAGGUCCAGAGCUGCUGGUCAGUUCUCAUGAGCGGAAGAAAAAAGUUGUUUCUGGUUUUAGGCACUGCUGCUAGCUUAAGAGGGCUCCAGGGUUUCUCUCUUCCCUGGUCCACCAGAUUUUAUCAGCACCCACUCCCAGGACCAGCCUGGCCAGGGCUUAGACCGGCCCCUAAGUGAGGUCUUCUUAGGGGCCUGUGAGAGGAGAAGGAAGAUACGAUAAUGACACUAAAAUUGUUUAUAACCCCAGGCUGCCCUGGAAACAUGUACUUGGUUCACUACCUUCCUGUACCCUUGUCUUCAGAAGAGUAAGGGCUUGAGUUCCUGUGGGUGCUGUGGGUGGCCUCUGGACAUGAAAUCUGGAUCUGACAGGUGACUGAUUGGGCUCAGGUGUAUUCCAGGCAGGACUCGGAUUAAAAGGGCCACCUCUCUCACUUUGUAAAUUUUUCUCUGUAAAAUCUUUUGUUUCUUCUUUUCAAAAAUCCUAAAAUCUGUCUGGUUGAGAAAGCAAUUUGAAAUAUU